AGUAGCUUAAACAUUUACUUGUAUCGAGAACCAUUUAUUAACGUUGUUUACAUUGUACAAUCUUGACCAAAAUGUUUAACUCCGAUUUUAAAAAACUGCAACGGAAAUCAAAUAAAUUUAAACAAACCGUGUCUGAACGCUCUAAAAAUUGGGGCAAGAGAAAGUUUACGCCGAAAGCAUUUGGACGCUCCGAACCUGCGCCAAUGGAAGAGGAGGCCAAACCAUGGCAACAUGUGAAAAACGAUAUUUUAGAGGAUGAGCACGAACAACAAAGCGCCGAUCGCUUUAAUAUGCAAAGCCAAAGCGCCAAAGAAAUAUUAAAGCAACGUGAACGAAAUCAUCGUCGCAAUGUAAUAGAGACAAGUCGUAACGAAAAACCGAAAUGGGAAACGUUUGAUGAUAAAGAAACUACAAACAAAUCAAGAAAUAAUAUUGUCGAAAAUAUUACAAGAGAUCCCACGAAUAUGUCCUUCAAAGAACGCAAUUACCUGCGUCGGAAAUUAACAAAAGCUGUGAUUGCAGAGAAGUCGGGCACACUGAAAUCCGCCAUAAACGACAUGAAACGGAAUCCAAUAACUAACAAUAAAUUUAGAAAAUAAUCCUUUUUUUUUAG